GAUUCUUAGAGUUAAAGGUUGCGACUAGCGGAACAAUUCCAAUUCCUCACAUAACGGUAAACACCCAAUGGGACUACAGUGUACAAGUGUGAAAAGGGAAGAGUUAGAAAAGAUUUAGGAAGAUUUAAGUGAGCAGUGAAUGAGCUCAAAGUGCCAAAUACAUAUUUACAUAAGUGAAUAAGUGAAAUAUGUAGCAGCUGCCUGCCAAAUGCAACACUGACUUGCAACAUCAUAACUGUGCCAAAACUCACCGAAUGUGAGCGUUUACAACUCCGACGGUGUGUAAGAAAUCAAAGUGAAGUGAAAAGUAAAGAAAUCGAAAGCAGAGAAAUCUUGAAAAUCACAAAGUCCGUGAAAGUCCGUAGCGCUGCGAAGGCAAGUGUUGUGUGCUGAAAGAAAAGUGUCAACAUUUUUAAAAUACUUGUCGAAAAGUGCUCGCAAAUCCACCGCUUGAAUAAAUUGAAAAGCCGAAGAAGUUUUUAAGUGCUAAUAAUUGCGGUGGUGUUUUUGUGUCAAAUCGCAUGCGAAAAGAAGUGAAAAUCACGGAAACAGUGUGAUGAAUGUGUAAAACAGUGUGAAGACGAAGAAUUUGACGCUUUCACAAGGACCCGGAUUACCUUGUAAAGCUGACACGAAACACAAUUAUUUUGCAGAUCAGCCCUCCGGACCCGGCAAGAGACACGCCAACCACAAAGCAGCGCCCACAAUAUACCACCGCCAGCUUCCCACCGGAGCCCACCGCUUAUGACCGCAGCCUCCAGGGCGACUGCAUAGAGACACGCACUUGGCGUUCGGCGCCGUGCUUCAUAAACUGCCGAGAAAGUUUUCACUGCACGUUCGCCGGCCCCGCACCCGCAACCGCGCCGCCAUUGUCAAUACAGAACGAGUGUAUAACGAACUUGGAAACUUUUCUAGAGCACUUAGCGCAACGGUACUUUUUUUUCUAAAUUUCCACUCGCUCGACGCAAAGCAUUUACAAAGCAGAGCAACAAGAGCGCCGCCUUGCAUUGAGGUUCUGGCGACGCGCAUUGAUGGUGGCGCCAUUGUCCGCAGCCACCGCACGAGCUACGCACCGUACCGACUACGACCUUGCAACGCGCUACGUGCAACAUAACUGCGACGCAUGUUUCAUGUUUUAGAGAAUGCGUGUAAUUCACUUCUAAGGGGGAAAUGGGGGCAGUAAUGUGCAAGGUAAUUCGCACUAGUCCACUGAGUUCAUAAACCGUAAAGUCAACGAGAGGAGGAAAUAGGAAAUAAAGAAAAACAAUAAAAGCAACAAUAACUGACAGCAAUCGAGCAACGGACUGAUCACAACAAGGCCACGUGUAUUUUUCGCAAACGAAAUGGCGAAGUGGCUAUUGGUAAACAAGAGGAUUUUAAGCGCCGUUGUGCUCUGUGCAUUUGUGCUGUUGCAAUCGCAAAAUGGCGACGGUGCACCCACACACCACCUGGCUGUCAGUGUGGAAGGCAACACGCCCACGCUCAUAGUAACGUCGGCGGAAAUUGGCAUAACACCAAAAACUACCCACACCAUGAGAACCACACCACCGCACCUCCCGGCUGAGACUACGAGUGUGGCGACGGAACGGAGCACUGAGGUGCAGAACGGCGGCAAAGGUAACGCACCGAAGCUGAAGGGCAAAUCUCACAAAUUGCAGUACGGAAAGAAGUGGCAAUAUGCGUCGUCGAAGGUGAGGGAUAAGAGCAAGGAAAAGGGCGUAAGCCAGCUCGGCGAACGCAAUCCCACCUCGACGGCAACCAUCAAAGCAGCUCAUGCAGAUUCGUUGACUCGAAGAGUCGAUAAUGUAGCUGGAAUCGCUACUACUCAAAAAAUAAAUACCAAAACUACAACAAACACAAUAACAACAACACAACAGAGUGCACAGCACUCGCAGGAAAAUGAACCAGUUCCGACUACAACCAAAGAAAGCAUGGCAGUGUCAAGCACCGGCUCAUUGGUCUCAGCAAGCGUUGCCGUCGCCGAUAAGCCAUCACAAGUCGGCAGCGACUCCAUCGCACACGACGUACACGUAAGUGCACCAGGCGCCGUGUUGUCUGCGGCAACUGGCAACCUGCCACAACCAACUGAAGUGACAACAAAGCCAACUGGCAACGCCACUGAUAGCAAUACGAAUGUCACAGCCCCCUUUGUUGGUGCCGAGGCGACACGAAAAACUACUCUGGCAGAACAAGUGACUGCUACACCGACAUUCGUCGAGUUACACGACACCACAGCAGCCGCGACAACUACUGCACCGGCAAAUGGUGCUGCAAAAAAGCCAAUCUCGGCGACAACAGCAAAUGUGCCGAUGAUUGCAAUCCAAAUUGAAACGCUGCCAAAGGCGAUAACGGUAACGACUAUGUCGCCAGCUACAACAACAAUGAUUACGGAAACUGUUACCAGCGCAACUGCACCUGCCACCGACGAUAGUAACACUAACAUUGGCGCACACGAAGCAGCAACAACAACAGUAACAACCACCGAAUUUCCAAUAACUGAACAUGUUGCCAUUGUCAGUCAAAGUGGUCCGGCAAUGUCAACAUCAACCAACGUUAACCCCACUGUCGUCAGCACAGUAAUUGAAAGGAGCUCUGCGAACGUCGGGGAUCACCUUCCGCCAUCGCCACACCCACCCACAAACAGCGCAGACCAAAUAGUGAAACAAGUGGCUCCAGUAGUUGGCAGUACAACAACAAGCACCGAGACGGUAUAUAAGAAAAACUCUUUAAUAUCCACAUUAUUUACAACAGCGAUACCGUCGGCUACAACGGACCAAGAGCCAACAAAACAAACAAUGCAGAAGGUGAGCACCGAUGGUGGCAUAAUAUUUAUUGACGACGUGGCCGAUAACCGCGACGGCAAACGCCACGGUGAGGAGGAGAAGCGGACCGAGGCGGCAUUACAGCGCGAUGAAGCCGUUGUUGACAAACAUGGAGACAUUAAGGCUUCCACGGACCGUGGCGACAGCGUCAGCGAUAGUGAGGGCAUCAUAAAACUUAUUGACUUGGAAAAACAUGAUUUAAAAUCGAUUGCGAAGACAAAACAAUUCCAUGGUAAUAACAAAAAUGGCACCUCGGGCGACGACGGCGAAGACGGUCAUGAUGGUGUGAAGAAAACAAGGAAAAAGCAACUCACCGAUAAGCAUUAUACGGCGGUCGCGGAUAUGAGUGUGUGCACUGAAACGCAUAACGAAAAUAUUGCCACCACUGGUGGUAUGAAAACAAAGCAGGAAGCACAAAUUGACACAACGGUUGUUAUUAAGGACGAAAACAAGGGUCAUGACAACGGUGGCGACAGCAACGCUGGGAUGUUAUCGAGAAAAGCACCACAUCUGGACGCCUCUACACUGGCGAGUGGUGACCAUACUGGCAGCACUAUUGAGGUGCCAUCGUCCUCAUACCGACAUCAGACUGCAGAAAAACAUACGACAACCAUGCCAAUUUUGAAGCCAGUGCAUAAUGGUUACUUGGGGCCGAUACUCAUGGAAGAGAAACGUUUCACUGUCUUGCAAGCUAAUAAGAAACCUCAUCACCAGCAUGAGACCUCAAUAGAGUCGCAGCUGCGUAAUGGCCGCAUCGUCGAAAUUCUUGCACCGACCUCUUUGUUAGAGCAGACAACAGUAGCGGUUCCAACAGUGAGAACAUUCGACGAAGUAUCAACAACUACUACAACCCCAGCAUUGCCUUCAGCACCAGUCUUUCUUUCUGGCACUGCAGACCACAGCACACCAAUGCUUUCCACGACUGUAUUCCAAGUUCCCGAAUCGAUGAGUAGUACUACGCGGUUGCCAUUGAGUGAAAAAUCAGUUGUGCAACAAACAUUCUUCAGUACCCCAAAGGAUACAAACAAUGAACGCACGGAGUCAAAAAUAUCUGAUAUACAAGUGGAAGUGUAUGACUCGACCGUGGACUCCAUCGUGGCAUCUACAAAUUUCAAAGAUAGCGACGGUUUUUAUGCUCUACCACUGGAAGCUGAGGCCGACUCGCAUAGUGGCACCACCAAGCCCCCAGUUGUACAGCAAGAGCGCUUUACACAAUAUGUCGUUGAUAGAGCUGAUUACGCUACACAGGAAUCUAGUGCCACUCCCCAACUGAACAUUGCAUCUGGCAAACCGGAGCCAGCCGCUAUCGAGAUACAUAUUAACGUAUCCGAGGGAAUUGGCAAUGAAAGUGAAGAUCUGGAAUUUUCAUAUCGACAACCGGACUACUUGGGCAGCAACUCGAAAGCGAACUCUAUGGAUGAACUGAUGGCUAAAACUGCCAAGGCCAUAUCGAUGAAGCCACUUAUUUCGGGUGUUCAGGUGCGACAUAAUGAGUCCAGUCAACGUGAAAACGUUGAACGUGGCGACGAGAUUUUAGUGGUGGAGAUAAUUGACACGGGUGACAACAGCACUGAAGGUGCUGUGAGUGUGGAGAAUAUUAAUCCGAUAUUCACCUUUCGCUCCGACUCUGAGUCAGAUGUGGAGUUGAAAGAUAUCAAGUACUUGGCACCCGAAGUGAAGGUGAAACCACCACAAAUAUCAGAUGAGUUAUUCCUUGCAGAUUUGAAAAAGGAUGGUGCUUUACCCAAACCGCCUUUGCCACCCCCUCCGCCACCGCGCAAGCCAACCAUUGAUCGGGAUUCGGACACAAUUUUUUAUAUUUCUAAUACGGAGGUGAAGGUUGGCGAAUCUCUACCCACCAUGAAUACAAACUAUGAACAGCAGCAACAACAAAAACAACAGCAGCAGAAAUUGCGAAAGACGCGCCUGGAGAACCAGUUCUUUCCAGCAAACUAUUUGGCCAGCACACAUCCGAAUGCAGCUAGAAUUGAUGAACAUUUAGCGCCCCAACAUAUUCGCUAUGAAGAAGACAUUAUUCUGUCACCUGUACGUAACACCGCCGAUUCACUGAAGAUUUUCCGUAGCCAAGGCGACGGCGCACCUCCAUUGGAUGUCACGUAUGUCGGUGAAUCCGUAAUGGAAGUGGAACAAUCCUCCGGCGGCGGCGCCGGCUCAAGCACCACUGUCUCAACAGCUUCUGCCUCUGCCGCGCCUUCACAAAUGCCAGACGUAAUCAUACAGCCUGCCAUUUUGCCAGAAAUGUCGAUUGGCGUGCCGGUGAUAGGUGAGUUGCCGCCGCAAAUUGAACUCAAGGAAAUCGAUUUCAUGCCCGACGAAGCAAACCAGCAGCAUUCAGGCAUGUAUGAGAACAACAUGCUGGAGGAAAAUGGCAAUGGGAAUGGCAAUGACGUUGAUAGACUCGCCGAGUCCUCCAUACAGUAUGGCGGCGAUCUGAUAGACGAGAGUGCUGGCGGCGGCGGAUUUGAUGGGGUCGAAGGCUCUUACCCAUUCGGCAAUCCGGUGGCCUUGGUGGCUCACAGCAAAGCACACAACGACGCCGACUAUGCGCACUUCACAGUGAAUCAUGGCGUAAGUAAUCUGCGGAAGGAUGAGUUGAGCGUGGAUGUAGCGGGCUCCGGUGAGUUGAUGGCUGGCCAACCUGCUGCUGCGUCACUCAAUAAUCUAGAGAACGCUGAAAUGAAGGAGCUGUUAGCGCGAAGCGGCAAUGAGACGUUCCCUCUCGCGGUGCUUGUGAAUGGUAGUUAUGUGGGAUUAACGCCAGUUACGGAGCGUAUGAGUAAUGCCACCGCUUACUCGGUGAUGGAGGAACCGAAUUUACUCGAAGAAGUGCUUAAAAACCACUAUGUGUUGGCCGGUGGAAUCUUCGUAGUGCUACUGACAAUCAUUUUGACUGCCUGCUUAACUGGCGUUAUGUGGUUCUUCUACACGAAGUACUCGCGUUCAUCGGAUACAUCGAACGCAAAUCAAGCCAAUGGAAGUGUAGCAAAUGGCAAAAAUAUUGGAGAAGCUGGAAAGCUACAAGAAGAGUCCACAAUCGACACUACGACCUCAAUACCAAAACAACCGUUACCGUCCUCUAACGAAAACCUCAGCAAUGGAAAGUACGUCAAUGCGAAAUCGAAUAAAGAACAACACUCGUCCAUUUGCGAAACCAACACCACCAAACCGUCCAGUUGUGCCGUAGAAAAUACGUUUAAUGGUGCAUGCGACGGCGCAGCCACCUUCGCCAUCGUCAAUGAGAAACCCGAUGACCUGUUGCUGUUGGCGGCCGAGCGCUCCGCUGCAGCGCCAUCUUCAAUGGUAGUGCCAUCACCAGCAAAGCCCAGUGAUAACAAUAAGUCGAAUACUCAAGCCAAUCUAUCUAACAACUCCGUCCAAGAGAACUUUACACGUCCUAAUGGCUCUGUCACGAAGAUGACUUUGAAAAACAAUCACCUGAUCGUUGAGACUGAAGAGCGACACGACAUUUCACGGGUCGCUCGCGAAACCAAAAUGCAUUACAAUAACUCUGAGAAGGAUGGUGUGUUCGUAGUUGAAGUUGCUCGCGGCGUCGACUCCAAGAGCAUGCCCGGCAGUCCAGUCACCGAAGAGCCGCGUCCAAUCUAUGAGGGAAUAACACCAGCUGCAGCCGCGACUACUUUGCGUACCGAGGACGAGAAGAUCUUGCGGAAUCAUGAUGAGAUACAAAUUCACCAACCUCCACCAGAGGCUAUGCAGCACCAAAUUCCAAAUUGCAUAGAGGACAUAACCGAACGCAGUUUGCAUCAGAUCGUCGAAUUGGAAGAACCAGCUCUCUCGCCAAACUUGUUAAGAGAUGAUGCAACUUCACAAGACAAAUCUAACCUUAUGCAUAAUUCCAAUACCGGUCUAUCACAGUCCGACUUGAGUUCUACAUCGUCCACUGACUCCAACAAACGCUACUCAUACGGCAAUCAAGAGCUCUACAUCAUUGAGCCGGCCACAUAUGUGUCCACGUCACCGUCUUCACACUUACCACUCGUACGUCCAGCAGCACACAAUGUGGGCGAGGACGAUGACCACAGGUCCGAGAAUGGACACAGUCUGGAGAAUUCUCCCGCAGCGCAAGGAAAUGGCUCUACUUCAAUGAAUAAUGACAGCACCCAUUUCAAUGAACUAUUUAAAAGUGAGCUGUCCAACAAUGAGCAAAAUAAAGAGAACGUAAUGCCGGAGAGUAAUAUGCAAGCAUCUCAAGUCAGAGAAGCCGUGUCCGACACCAAUGCACCAGAAACUUCGUCGGAUAACCAACACUUGGAGCCAACAGAGCAAGAAGACGGAGACAUGACCACUUCCGUCGUAAACGUAAAAAAAGAGGAAGAAACCCCUGAAGUCAGCCCAGAAGCAGACGAAGUCUUGACCACCUCCGUCGUAGGAGAUAUUGUUGAAGUAGAAAACGGGGACGAAGAACCUGAAACCAGUAUGGAAAAUGAAGAUAACGAACACAUGAUACCAACAGAGCCAGAAGGCUUAGUCUUGACUACUUCCGUCGUUGAAGUAGAAAAAGAGGACGAGGAACCUGAAGCCAACCUUGAAAAUGAAGAUAACGAACACAUGAUGCCAACAAGGCCAGAAGGCGGGGUCGUGACCACUUCCGUCGUAGAAGAGAUUGUUGAAGUAGAAAAGGAGGAAGUCAACCUGGAAAAUGGGGAUAUGCUAGGAAACGAGGAAGAAAAUGCUAAGGACGAAACUCAAACCGAAGCGGCAGCGUCAAACGAUGAGACAUUAGGUGAAAAUUGCGUCAACAACAACAACAACAACAAUAUUUUAGAGAGGACAAAUGAGGAGGAAGCCCUAAACUGCACCGGGCCCAACAUCGUACUUCAAAGCUCAGUCAUUGUUACAGAUGAAGUAACUGCAGAAGAUAUUCACAUUUCGCCCAAAUAUGGUGUGACGAAUAUUAAUGUUGCUCAUCCUGCAUUUCCACAACCCAUGAUUUCCAAUUAUGGCUACGAUAGUAUCAUCAGCUUACCUGAUCCACCAUCCACCGAGGAAAUAAAGCAACUGGCCGAUUUCGCCGGGUUGGAGAAUAACCAAUUAGACUCAUUACCACCACCAUCACCACCACCGCCACCAAUUGCCGCCGACCUAAAUGACAACAACACGAGCACCGAGAUCAAUACGAAAGAAGUCGUCACCACCAACAGCAGCUCAUCAACCAUCGAAGAUGCAGGCGACGCCACCCCGACUCCGUUGAAAUUGAAACAACUUUUAUACAACAACUCUGCAGAAACGUCGGCAAACGAACUCUGCCAAGCGAUAGUCACUAACGGUAACAGCCACGACUCCACCAACGGCAAUCAGAUUGAUGAUGCAUAUUCUUCCCCAAUCGACGUGAAUGUCCACGAAAUGACCAACGGGCAUAAUAUCAAUCUGGAGCUGAGUCCCAACGGCGAGAGCAACACUGGCACGGUGCCAGAAACUCCACUCACACCACCGGAGUCGCCACCGAUUGCCUCACCCAUGCACUACACGAACAGCAUGAGCACCAUGAAUGGCAUGAACGGGGUCAACAGAGGCAUUUGUGGCGGGCCAAUGCCUGUUGCCGUGGACGUCAAUGGCAGUUAAUACGAAUGCCGAGCAACAGCCGUCUUCUGCAGGCCUUGAACCCACACAAGUGAUGCAUUAGUGACCGGAUUUGGGCUUUUGGAGCAGCUGGAAGUUCAAGGGUAUGUGGAAAACUUAAUGGUUAUGUCGAAAUUCUCGAGCAAUGCAACGAACGCCAAAAGCGCAGUGGCGGUGCAGGUCCGUAGGAAGGGGAGUACGCAAUAGAUUGAAAUAGAAUAUUUAGCAAGUAAAUGCAUAUUUGUAUGUUAGACUGUAAGUUUUUACGAUACUUAGUCAAUGGCAGUGGUCUGUUUUAUAAACCAAUAAUAACCCGAUCAAUUCAUAUAUCGUAUGAGUACUCUCCACACAAGUUAAGCCCAGUCUUCAAUGGACGAUAAAUGAAAAUGAAAUAAGUAAAUUAAGAAAUUACAUGAAAUCUAAGCUAAUGAUGGAAACCGUUACUCGCGAUGGGGUGCUUAGUUUAAUUUGUUAAAGAAUUCAACAAUGGAUAAGAUACGAUCUGAAGCGAAGUAUUCAUUUGAAGAUCGAUUUCUCGGUAAUUAUUUCGCGGAUACUUGAGUUGCAAAUCGGAAAUAUUCGCAAAAUAUAUUUAAGAAAAAAAGGAGUAAUGUUAGCAGACAGAAUUUACAGUUAGUUAUGCAUAAUUCUUGAACUAGGUCUUGUAGAAAGCCACCAUCCAAGCAUUCCAAAACAAAAACAAAAUGUUGAAACAAAGUUAUGAAUCGGAACCAGAUUUGCCAAUAUAUACAUAUAGUUGUAAAGACAUAUACACAAGAAACACAUUAUUAUACUUGAACAAGGAGUCUGUACGUACUCGUACUCGUACUCAGAAGAACACAUAUAUUCGCCAAUAUUAAGAAAAUAGUACUUAGAUCGAAUUCUGCCCUGUAGCAAAAGG